UGUGGGAGGCGUAAAGAGAUACUGUUUGUUUCUUCUCACCCCUUGCUGAGAAUGGUACGCCCCAUGCCAAUGGCAAGAACAUAUCAUGGGAAUUAUCCUGCAGAGAGAAUGGAGGGAGGGAGGGGAGGACUAGACUGGAGCUGCUGAGGAAAGAACAAUGGAUCUGCAGUCUUGAUGAGCAUGACUGAACGUUAGUCUGGAGGUUUGGGGCCAGACGAAGAGCUGUAGGGAAACAGAACAGAAUAUUCUUUGUCAGAGGUAGAAACGUCAGAGUCAUUCAGCUGAGCAGCAAAAUCAGAUGGACUGGUUACUUUUGAGAGGAUUGGCAUUCCACCAUCACAGCUCCCUAAAUGUGAAAAACAGAAGAAAACUCUGACAAACCUUCACAUCUCUCCAGAAGGAUCCAUUGAGAAUGAGGGCACAGGGAUGCUGCAGGUCCUCGGAUGUACAGUCUUACUUCUGGCUACAACAAAACCUUUUCUUGGGUCUGUCCAUAUGAUGAUCACACAAAGCGCCACAAUCAAAUUCAUAGGGAUAUCUGGAAGAGACAUUAUCGGCAGGUUGUUACCAUCUAUGCACUUGACUUCAAGAACCCGAGGGAACAGUACACUAAAGACAACAUAAAACGAGAACUCAACAAGGCGUUUGUGGGAUUCCACGGAGACGUGAAAACAGCCAUCGCAACGGGCAACUGGGGCUGCGGCGCCUUUAAAGGGGAUCCUAAAAUCAAAGGUCACACAUCCUGCUUGAUCUGGAGACACUACAGAUGGAUUAUGAUAAAUGCACAGAACAGAAUGUGUUUGUCUUUUAAAGCUCUCAUCCAGUUGAUGGCUGCUGCGGUAAACAGACGAGACAUGGCUUACUUCAUCUUUGGCAAUAAAGAACUUGCAAAAGAAAUACAAACAAUGCAUGAGAUGCUGACCAUGAAAAAAGUGACCGUGGCCACAAGUAUGAGCAAAAGUGACAGACAGUAAUACUUUCCUUAGCAAACCAGCUAAAGCCUACGUAUACUAAUUGGAGUGGCGCCAUCUGGUGGUUAAAGAGACGAACGACAACAGUCAGGUGACCAAAGGUGAGAGAUUAAAAAAGGCA